AACUCAUUCAUUUCAACUAAAAUAAUGUCUUCACUUGGCUACUUUGAGUUUGCAGCUUCUGUGACCCACUUAGUCGGGUUUAUUACAGUAUGCCUCAAUGGAUACUUUUUCAACACAUUUUAUAAUGGAAUUGGCUGGCCGUUUGAGCUUAAAGUUGGCUCCACGGAUGCCAGAGGACUUGUUGAAAUGAGAGGGAAACAGCUUCAUGGAUUCUUAAUGUUUCUGGGAUUUAUUUAUCUACAGGGAGAAGCUCUUCUCUCGUACCGUGUCUAUCGAUUUACUACAAACCGAGUUUCAAUAUUAAUUCACACUUUUCUCCACAUCGCAUCCAUUGUCCUAGCCGUUGGAGCUCUCUUUUCCAUCAUUCUCACAAUAAAAUACACCGGAGCAAGUCAUUUUUCCAAUAUUCAUAGUUAUCUUGGAGUAUGCCUAUUGCUGGUUUAUUCGGGUCAGCUGUCAUUUGGUUUUUGCACGUAUCUAUUCAAAUGCACACCGAAAGAUUACCAAUCCCGGCUCAUGCCAGUGCACCGAGCAGUUGGAAUAAGUUGUAUGGUUGUGGCUUGUGUUCAGUGUUGCCUUGGAUAUAAUCAGAUGGUUUCAGGAAAACUAUCUUGCUUCAAAGAUCUUUCUUGCGCAAAUCGAAUCGAGUACGUCGGGUCGCUUUCCAUGAUCUUCAACAUUAUUUAUACUAUCAUGGUUGUUUCAGUAGUCAUACCAAAACCAUGGAGACGAGAGAAAGAAACGAUUAAAAUUAACUGA